AGUCGUUCUUUGGCCGCACGUACAACAACAUCAGCUCAAUAUCAGAAUGCAAGAACAACGGCGAAUGCGUAAUCAACAAGAAGAACCGCACUGCGUGCAAAGCCUGCCGACUGAGGAAAUGCUUGUUGGUAGGCAUGUCCAAGAGCGGAAGUCGAUACGGCAGACGGUCAAACUGGUUCAAAAUCCAUUGCUUGCUGCAGGAAAGGUCGCAGCAACAGCAACAGCAAAUCGGAUUGGCUAUUGGACCGCCUCAAGCAGCGCCGCCUGUUGGGUUAAUCAGGCCCCAUCCAUAUCUCAGCCCGCUCUUUGCAACGCCUACCACGACAGGACCUAUGUUCCGUGACGCAUCCAGCCGCACAUCAGAAUCCGACAGCGGCGCCUCUUCAGCCGAUCCCGAAGACGACGUCCGCUCUACCAGCACUUUAGGCUACCUAAAACCCUCCAUCUCUCCAGGUAGCGACUACUACGCCCCCAAAAAGCCAUCCCCCUCUCCAGGCAGUGACUACUACGCCCCUAAGAAACCUUCCCCCUCCCCUAGUAGCGAUUACUAUCCCUCCAAAAAGCUGUCCCCCUCCAGCGACAGCGAGUUCUUCACGCGGAAGAGACCGAAAGUGCCGCCUUCUCCAGCGUCUCUGCCUUCGGUGUCGCCCAGCGGGGUGGUGCCGAAAUGGUUGACGCCCAUUGUGGGGAUCGGCGAUCCUGCGGCCUGGAGGGAUACGUGGACCAAGGUUGUGGCAGCGACACCUGCACCCGAUCAAGAUCAGCCCAUCGACCUCUCGGUCAAAAAAGAAACGACGACUAGUAAAGACGAGGUUAGGGACGAAGUCAAAAGUGAGGAAGAUGGAGUGUUAGAUCUGACUCUAGGUAGACAGACGAUCGAUGUAGAUGGUGCUAGUAAAGGAUAAUUGUUAAUUUUUUUAGCUCAGUGACUUGUUAUGAUCAAGUGCAAAAAAUUAUGCGUGUUUUGCCAGUUUGUGUCUAUAAAGGUGUUGAUUCUAUUUCACGACUGUGUGUGACUAUGUAACGUGAUUAUUCCCAGUUUCCGAAUGUUCAAAAUAUUUUAUUGACGAACGACGUACAAGGUAUUCUGGAAGUUAGGUUUAGGAACAAUCACGCUUAAAAUAACAAAGUAAAACUGCGCUGAAAAAUUUAAAAAUGACGAGAAGCACUCACAAUUUUUUGGCUUCUUUAAUUUGCAACAUGCGGGGCUGUGUGGAGGUCACAUUUAGGAACGUUCUUUGAGGAUUGAGUGUCAAUCGAGGUUUCAAACACAAUAACGCUUCCUAGAAAAACGUUCAAGGGAGGAUUCAACGUUUGCAUUCUUAAUAGGAUGUAAGAGUUGUCACCAACGGAUUUCAAAAUUUAAAACGUUUUUAAAAUUUUCUAAACUUACACGAUUUUUACUAUUUUUAGUAUUUUUUAAAUUAAAGUUUUCAUGAUUUCAAGAUCUUUUUUCUUUAUAG